AUGGGUGGGGAGUUAAAAAGCAUAUUACCUCUUGAGAAGCUGUACGACUUUUUGUCCAAGUCCAUUGAUGUGGAGAUAUGGGAAAAAGACAUCAGGGUUAAGCACAAGGGAAGGAUAGUUGGUUUUGAUGAGUACAUGAAUCUUGUGAUCGACAAUGGGACAAAAAGGUAUAUAUUGAAGGGAGACUGCAUAUGCGUGAUCUUUGGAAGAGAUGCGUGUUAG